CCGUCCGAGGAGUGCCACCGGCCGCUCGCUAGCUCACCGCGCUGCCGAGGCCGCGUCGUCCUCCACCGCUAAUCAGCCAGUGAGUGCGAGUCUUCGUCCUCUCACCAUUCAUCGUGAGCCCACUCCCACCAAUACAGUUCCAUUUCACAAAGCCGCAACCUUUUUAGUUUAUGAUAAGUAUGAUGCAUGGAUCAUAUCGUUCACCAUGCAUGCGUGCUGUAGCUGUCUGUGAUCCAAGAUUCCUGUUGGAGAAGCUUUAGAUUCCGAGUUUCAAUCAGGAAACUUGAGAAUAUAGCUGAGGGAGGGGUGAAUCACACAAUGAACGUGCAGCCGGCGAUGCUGACGGCUCUCCAGCGUCUCGUCGACAAGUGCCACUCUGUGUUUGAUGGCUCCAACGUCCCGCCGACGGACGACGUCGUCUCCAUCAUCCGCGGCAUGAUUGACAAGAUUGGACCAGAUGAUGUUGCGCUAACGGACGACGUCCGCUUCUCCGACGAGAUGAAUGCCGAUGGCAGCCAGAACCCUCCGAUCAUCACCUACAAAACCAUAUACGAAUGCGGCAACUUCACUCGUAAUCCAUAUCUAUAUAUCUACCAGCACAAAAUUUAGAAACGGAGACAUUGCAUUGACGAUGUGACAAUGUCACAAAGGUAACUUGCAAUGGUUGUAAACUAGGGAUACAAUGCAACCAUUCUGAGCUUCUGGCAUCAUCGAUCUGUUAGAAAAAAAGAUGAUAUAAAUCUAUGUAGCAUGUACCUUUCCCCUGUUACGUGAAGGCACUGGACAUGUCUUUUGAAAUU